AUGAGAGGAUGUUCCUUAGAACAAGAUUUAAAACUAUUAAUAAAUAAUUCAAAGUAUAGUGAUAUAGAAAUUAUAUGUGAAGAUGAAAAGAAAUUAUAUGGUUGUAGAGCAAUUUUAGCUGCAAGGUCUGAAGUAUUUGAUAGAUUACUUUAUAAUGGGAUGAAGGAAAGUUAUGAUAAACAAAUUUCUUUUCCAAAGAUUAAUUCCAUUGGAAUUGAGGUCAUAUUAGAAUAUAUUUAUACAGGAUUUAUUAAAGAGGAAUCUUUAACAAAGGAUAAUAUGAUUGAAAUUUUUUACGCUGCAGAUUAUUUUCAAUUAUCUGAUCUUAAGGAUUUUGUUAAAAAAUGCCAUUAA